AGUUUGAUGGCUCCUACUAAAUGAAUGCAGUGGGAAUGGAUGAGGAAGACACACUGCUGGUCAGACAGUGCGCACGGCUGACCUCCGCACACAUUAUCAGUUUAUAAGGAUUUUAUCAUCACAUUUUUACUUCAGAGAAUUUCUGUCUGUUUGGUUUUUCUUUGCAGGGAUACGUGUUGGGUGAUCUCCCUAACUGUAUUUGUUAUUGUAGGACACGAGUGUGGACACAGCAUGCUGUCGUCCCUGAAGACCCUGCUGCUGCUCUCGGUCCUGUGCACGCCGACCUCCAGCCUGUGCCUCCGCCUCUACAACUCCCGCUCCGACCUGCUGUGCGACGACCAGAUGGCCGUCGGGGUCCGGAGCGAGGAGGACGAGCCGGGUUACUCCCCCGUGGGCGGCUGGGGGUCCCUGCUGCAGUCCGCGGAGUAUCUCUCCUCAUCCUCCACCUCUUCUUCUGCAGAGUCCAGCCGGGAAAAAAGGACUUCAAGUCCCGCAAACUACCGCUUCAUGAGCCGGACGAAGCUCAGAGGGCUGAUGGCCCGCAACAGCAGCAAAGGGGACCGGAGGAGCAGGCUGACCCUGUCCCUGGACGUCCCGACCAACAUCAUGAACGUCCUCUUUGAUGUCGCCAAGGCCAAAAAGAUGCGAGCCAAGGCGGCGGAGAACGCGCUCCUGCUGGCUAAGAUUGGAAGGAGAAAGUGAACAUGUUGAACAACUUAGAUCUUAACAGCCAUGACCCGUGUUGGCCUCCACCGUUACUCAAAUGUAAUGAAUUCUUAUUCACUAGUGGGCUACUCCUUUUGAUUUGUUGCUCCAGGGGAAUAUUGUUUUAUUUCAAAUCACGUUACAGGUAAAAUAAGCAUUUAUAAUAUAAUUAAGUUGCUCUCAUGUGAAAGGUUCUUAGAAAGUCUCUUAUCUAUUAUUAUUAUUAUUAUUAUUAUUAUUAUUAUUAUUAUUUUUGUAUUUGCUUCAAUAAAAAUACUGGGGAAACUUGGGACAAUGCAUGAUGUAAACGUAUGAAGCUUUUUGACUAAAAGUUGGAUGAUGAUUUUAGAUUGUUUUUUUUGUAGUACAACUCAGCUUCAUGAUUCAGCUUCACAAAUUGAUUUUCUCUUAAGUUAACUUUUAAAGUUUGUUAUGUUAGAGUUUUGAUUGAAAUCAUGCCUUUGUGGUGAGAAUGAUCCAUGUGUUUCUUAUCAGAAAUGUUGUAGCAACAUCUUAAAUCAAGACAUAAUAAGGUCAAAAGCAAUGAAGACAAAGUUAUUUUACUUGUACCAAGAUGAUUGGUCAUUUCAGGCAUGAAAAUGUGAGACAUGUUUUGCAUUGGAAACAGUUGAAAUUGUGUCACACUUUGCUCCCUUCCAAUCUGAAAAGAAGAUGUUGAGAUUCAUGGACUUUUACAUUUUCACUUCAAGCAGGACAGCCCUUCGAUUUUCUUUAUCCGUAAAAUGAAUGUUUAAUGUGGUUAGUUUGCCCCAGAGUCAUACAUUUUUAAAUGUUGGACUAAACAAGAAGAACAAAGCAGUAGAGGUCAUCAAAUCUUAUGUCGUUAGGAAAAGACCAAUGAAAGGUUUUGUAAUUAUGUUGCAUAAUCAUAACAUUUGAUAUUAUUAUGUUUUUUUUUCUCUUUGCUGCUAUAUUUAUUUAGGGGCUUUGCUGUUUAGAAGUUCACAUGGAAGCCGAUAAUGAUUUCAGAUUGUAAUGUGAAACAUCAACAAAAACACAACACUGAACACUGAUUCUGAAAUAUUGUACAACCAACUGUAAGAUCAUGAAAUACAGUAAAAUGCAAGUGCAUGAGAAUGUAUGUGUUCAUCAGAUGUCUGUUAUUUUUAUACUCAAAAUAAAGGAUUAUUUUUCCUCAAAUAAAGCAGAUGUAAAUAA